AUGACAGUCAAGUUCGUAGUUCUUGCCGCUCUUGUGGCUGUGGCCCACAGCUCUGUGGUGCCAAUAGUGCGAGUAGACGCUGAUUCUUCCCACUUUAGUUACGAGGAUCCAGCUGUGCCAGUAGUAUCUGUAGUUCCCGUUGAACCUGAAAGUCCUGUAGGACCUGCAGUUACCUCUGAACCCAUAAGUUCUGUAGAACCUGCAAAUUCCGUAAAAUCCGCAAGUCCUGUAGGACCUGCAGUUACCGCUGAGCCCAUAAGUUCUGUAGAACCUGCAAAUUCCGUAAAAUCCGCAAGUCCUGUAAAACCUGUGGCAUCCGUUGCUCCUGUUACUUUCGUUGUAUCUUCUGAGCCUUCAGUGGUCGACUACCGCAAUUAUGCUCAUAUAUUUUACGCAGGCGGCCCUGUAACCACCGUAUAUUCUUCCAUAGUUGCACCCUCUCCGUACUCUGUUUUUGUACCGUCUGUAUAUGGUGUUCCUGCAGCUUUUGCAGGUCCAUUAGCUUAUUGGUAA